GAAUUAUUGGUAGCCCUUCCCAGUUUCCUCACAUUUGAACUUUAUUGUUCUUCUUUAUAAACUGUCAUACACAACUACAAAUUUUGCAGAAUCAUACAGCAAGAGAAACAUGAAGGUCUUAGCAAUUACUCUUGCUUUCUUCUUCCAUUUCAUCUCUUCCGACGCAUCGGCUGCAGCUCCUAGUGUCAUCAUAGUCGGAGCUGGAAUAUCAGGAAUAUUAGCUGCAAAGACACUACAUGAUGCUGGUGUGAGAGAUUUCUUGAUAUUGGAAGCAAAUCACAGAAUUGGUGGGAGGCUGUGGAAAGGCCAGUUCAGUGGACACACGGUUGAGUUGGGUGCAAAUUGGCUUUUCAGUGAUGGACCUAACCCCAACAUCUUCGUUGACAUUGCCAAAGAAAUUAAACUCAAGACCUUCUAUAGUGAUUAUGAGAACAUAUCAUCCAACACCUACAAACAAGAAGGAGGAUUGUAUCCAAAGAGUUUGGUGGAACAAACUAUCAAUGCCAGUGCGGCCGCCGCUGAGUUUUGCGCAAACUUUUCGAGGAAAUUGUCGUCGCGUCGAGGGCAGGAUGUGGACAUGUCGAUUCUGGCUGCGCAGCGACUCUACAACAAGGUCCCGACGACUCCCCUUGAGAUGGUAAUAGAUUUCUAUUACAAUGAUUAUGAAGACGCAGAGCCACCAAAAUACACAAGCCUGAAGCACACGUAUCCUCGCGGUGAAUCCGAAGAUUUUGGGGAAAGUACAUACUUUGUCGCGGAUCCGAGAGGGUUUGAAAGUGUUGUUCAUUAUUUUUCUGAUGAGUUCCUGCUAAACAAAAAUGGAGUUAUAAGGGACCCUAGGCUCAGACUAAAUAAGGUAGUGAGAGAGAUCCAGUAUACCAAGACAGGAGUGACAAUGAAAACUGAAGAUGGAUCGGUGUAUAAAUCUAAGUAUGCAAUACUAUCUGUGAGCCUGGGAGUUCUUCAGAGUAACCUCAUUAGUUUCAAGCCAACAUUACCUUUGUGGAAAAGGAUAGCAGUUUCAGAUUUCAGCAUGGCCGUGUACACCAAAAUAUUCCUAAAAUUCCCUCACAUUUUCUGGCCUAUCGGUCCCGGAACAGAGUUCUUCCUUUAUGCUCAUGAAGAUCGUGGAUAUUAUCCCCUUUGGCAGCAUUUGGAGAAUGAAAUUCCAGGAUCAAACAUAUUAUUUGUCACAGUGACAGACGUGGAGUCAAAGAGGAUAGAGCAGCAAUCAGAUAAGGAAACUGUAGCAGAGAUCAUGAUGGUACUCAAGAAAAUGUUUGGAAAUCACAUUCCAGAUCCACAAGACAUUUUGGUACCCAGAUGGUGGACCCACAGGCUCUAUAGGGGGACCUACGCAAAUUGGCCUAGUCGAUUCAAUAAAAAAAGUCAUGAUCAACUAGGGGAGCCUGUUGGUCCGAUUUAUUUUACGGGGGAGUACCUAAGUUCAGAGUACUUAGGAUAUAUUAAUGGUGCUUAUCUGGAAGGUAUUAAAACUGCAAAUGAUGUAAUCGACUGCAUCAAGAAAAAAUCAUGCAGAGGGUUUAAGACCGUUUAAAGGUAGAAAUGGGCCAUUAACAAACAACAUAUGGGCCAAAAAUAAGAUAGUUAUGCCUUAUGAGUUAGAUUAAUGGGCCAGGCUCUAGAUUUUUGUUGGGGCAGCUGCAAUUUUAUUUUUAUUUUGUCAUGGUGAUGUAAGCUGUGUAAGACCUGCUGUUGGGAAUGAUUUUAAUAAUGUAAGAAUAAAUUAUUGUUAGACAUUUUAUAUCAGGAUUUUGAUUUUAUCAUUCA